GUUGCAAUGAGGACCUUCUUGUCAUCUACAGCAAGACAUUUCGGCACACGGGCCUUAAUCGUGAGCUCGUAUCUCGCGGGGGAGGGGGGAGACUUCACGCGCGCCACAAAACUACUACACUGUUAUUAUUGUUACAACUGACAAGAGCGGGGCGCGCGCCUCGAAUGCGUGUGUGUAUCUGUCUGCCGCUGGGCACGGAUUUGUUUAUAAACAAGCCUGGUCUCGUGCUCACGAGGGUGCCGCCACCGCCAUCUAGUGAUCACGUUAGAAUAUAGGUCGCUAGGCGACGCCGUCGCGAGAGGGGACGAAAAGAACAAUGUUUGACAACGAUUCCUGUAAUGUGCGAAUGUUUGAAUCGUGGUUGGACAGAACGGCAUAACGACAUUAAUCAGACUCAGGAAUGGCCCGGGCAGAGACAGAGAGUGGACCGGGUCCGAUCGGCCAGCCGAGCCGACAUCAGCGCUGUCGCAUGGAGCUCCUUCCACCGUACGCCUGGCCUGGCACCACCUCCCACCGCCUCCAGCCCGGACCCCCAUCCCCCGGCCCGGACCCCCAGGGACCCCCAUCCCCCGGCCCGGCCCCCCAGGGCCCCCCAGCCCCCGGCCCGGCCCCCCAGGGACCCCCAGCCCCCGGCCCGGCCCCCCAGGGACCCCCGCCCUGCGCCGGCCAGCCUCCACGCUCCCACCCCCAGGCCCUCUCCAGAGACAGGACAGACUCAACCAGAGAAAACCAGCAGACACCCAGACAGAGGGGAGCCCUGCCCGACCUGCUGCCCCAGAGAGAGCUCCUUCCCCGGGCUUCACCUCGGCCCCGGGCCCCCGGGGGAGGCCAGGACCUCCAGGUGGAGCAGGAGAUGCGGAGGGUUGGCCGACAGCUGAGGGCGAUCGGGGACCACUUGAACGCUACGAUCCUGCAGAGAGCGGAGGGCGCCCCCCAGUGGCAGGGAUGGAGAGGUGUGUGUCGCGGCCUGCUCGCCUUCCUCUCAGAAACGCUCAGCGCUCUCCAGAGACGUACGUAGGACGGGCGGACGCCUUCCCGCCCGUGCCAGGCAGCGGCCAGCGUGGGUCAGACUGUGGUGAAGGUGGAGGGCAGGCGCUGGCGCCCCCUGUUGGAUGAAGGAGAGACAGCCUGUGAACUGGACACAGCCUGCUGGAACAGACUGUUUGUUUUUCCUUACUUUUGUUUUUUUUUCUUUCAUUUGUUAGUUUCAACACAAGGCCAGUUUAUAGAAAGGCUGUGAAAUAGGACGGUUCAGACACCCUUCCUAGCACUGUCAGAAUUGUUUUUCCCCCAUCCUUGUCACACCAGUGUUAAUAGUUAUUUGUAUAUAUUUUGGGGAAAUGAUGAUAAAUUAAAUGUAGACUUGAUGAACUUAAAAGUACUUACAACUUCAGUUUGCUGUUACCUGCCAAGGUGCAGUGUGUUUCCUGUAUUUGGACCAAUCUCUGAGCCGUUCCAAGAAAUUAAAUCCAGUGGAUUUGAGAUGGUUACUCUGGUUAAAAGUGAUUAUUAUAUUUUGAUUAAGAUGCUUAAUUAAUUGCCCCUUAACUGUACAAAAUGUGUAUUUUAGUUUGGGAAAUGAAUACGGAUCGAGAGCCUAAUUUAUGACAUUUGAAGCCACUAUUUGUAGCUUUGCAUUUUUUUUUUCUCAAACCAUUCUGGACAAUUAUGUUGUUGUUUUUGUGUGUAAAUCUCAGUUUUUGGCCUUAUUUAUUAGGACAGUUGGAGAGACAAUAAAGCAGGGGGGGCAGGAUAUGACCCGGGGGGGGGGGCAGGAUAUGACCCGUGCCAGAUUAGAACCAAGGGACCUUUUGAAGAAAUUAAAAUGUUCUUACAUUUCUGAGGAAAAUACAUAUUCAAAUGUGCUGGAAAGUUGAAAGAGUUAGAUGCCUGAAUAGGUUUGGAGAUUAAGAUGUUCGUAGUUCCAUCUGGAGCAGAAGUCAGGUGACUUGAUACAGCAGCUACAGUGUAACCCUGUGGGUUAACAACAAGAGCUGCAUUCAAACACCGGACAUGGACGAGUCAAGUGUCAUUUCACUUAAAGGUCUAAUUUUUCUAAAUCCCAUGUUGUAAAACCCAUUUGAACUCGGAUUCUUAACAGAAACCAAAAACAACUUAAUGAAAAACGUCACGUUGCAGGUUAGCACACACACACGGUUUGGAUGUCAAACAUGAGGCUUUGAAACUUCCUUACAGAACACCUUCCACCCUGAGUGUCUGUGGUACUUGUCUCCUGAAGCUGUUCUACAUUGGUUCUACAGUAGUUCUACAGCGGUGCUACUCAAUGGAUCUCAUGUUCUGUGUGUUACCAUACCUGGCCUUAAAACCAUUCUACAGAGCUGUUCUAUGUUUAGAGGAAAGGGCUUUAAACAAUACUUUUCCCCAGGUCCUCUUCUGUAAGGUCGGCCCCUGUGACUGCUUCCUGUAACCACUGUGGUCAUGUGCUAUGCCGUGCUCUGAGCACGUGCAGCCGGCCUCAUGACUCCCUGAGUUGUGGUCCACUUCCUGUGGCUGCUCCUGUGACUUCCUGUGGGGUGCAACAGGGAGGGAGGUACACCCCUGGUCCUGUACAGCAUCUCUGUCUCAAUCAGUUUCAUGCAGUGCACAUUCUGUGUAAUUGUAAUGUUUUUUUAUUUUUCUUGCUGUCUUUUUCUACGGUGAACUUUGUACA